AUGGCCAGCCUGGGUUCAGCCAAGGUACCCGGUCCCAUCGAGUUUAUUUCCGGCAACAAGGGAAGCUGGAUAAGAGUCUACACUACAUGUUCAGAUGGUUCGUGGUCAGGCAUGGCUAUCUCUAGAAGGAGUGUGAUCCAGUGCGAGAAUAAAACAGCGAUAGUCUUGCAGAUUGUAGACCCGUUCCAUCUGAUGGGUGGGGUUAGCUUACACAUUGUUGCUCAGGGCAGUGGACACUAG